AUGCUUCGUAAAAGCAUUUUCUUUUUUCUAUUAUCUUCUGUUGCAGGUUUUCAAGAUAGCAUCAUAGAUUUUUCUUUAGACUUUUUAAAAGCUAGAAACGUGAAAUCUAUUUGUUUGUUAACUUGUGGCGAUAGGACUUGGAACCGUAAAUUUGCAAAAAAUGCCUCGAAAGUCUCAAUUGCCGUUUCACAUGUUGGCAUCGACGCUUCUCUAUCAGAUCUAGAUUCAUUAGGUCCAUGCCUAAACCCAGGAUCUGCUGAUGUUGGAAUUUUGAUUGAUACAAAAUGUCAAUUCUACGAAGAGGUCCUUAUGUAUGCAUCUGAAAAACUCUUAUUUGAUGCAAAUCACAAGUGGUUGAUUAUUGAUAUUGAUACUUGGAUAUCUAACAUAUCAGCAGUUUCCAACGUUGAGAUGAAUGAAAAUUUUUCAUGGUUAAUGGACACGUUCGAAAAAUCAAAUCUGAGCGUAGAUGCCGACGUCACACUGUCGCUACAGAAAGGAUCGGAAAAUAACAUUUACGAAGUGUAUAAUUUCGGAAAACUACGCGGAGGUAAUGUCGUAGUGAAGAAACUGGGAAAUUGGCGAAACAGAGCAGAUUUGAUCAAUCACUUAAAUGUCUACAAAUACUACAGAAGAUGGGAUUUCGAAAAUUCAACAAUUAACUACGUUGCAGUCAUGUCAACGCCGCCGAAAGUAUUCUACGUGAACAUGCUUAUAGGAGACAGGGGUCCGGGGGUCGCUGUUAUGACUAUUACUGGCACCAGAGUAUUGGUAGAAAUAGCACUACUACAUAAUAUCAGAUUUAAUUAUACGAUCGUAGACAGAUGGAUCGGGAAAUUUGAGAGAAAUACUACGCCGGUGGCUGCUACUUUAAUACACUUUAAAGAACAAGACAUCACACCGAUACUACGCGUAUCAUCGGAAAUUUUCCAAAAAGUGGACAUGGUGUCGCCGCCUGUAACUUCUAUUGAGACAAGAUAUUACUACCGCAUUCCAACCACCGGUCCCGGAAAGUUCGAGAACCAAUUCCUACGGCCUCUGACCAAAGGCGUGUGGGGUUGCGCGGUAGCUGUGAUUUCUCUGUGCGCUCUGGUACUGUUUCUGACUGCCAGAGCCGAAAGGAGACCAGCCGCUGUACAGUAUGCUGUAUUCUCUGUGGCAGCUACGUUUUGUCAGCAAUUUUUUGAAGAUGGUGGUAACGAUGAUCCAAGACGAGAAUCGUCUGCUCGGCAGCUCACGGUCCUAGUGACAGGAGCAUCCUGCGUCCUCAUAUACAACUACUACACUAGCAGCGUUGUCAGUUGGUUACUGAAUGGACCACCGCCUUCCAUCAACUCUCUGCAAGAACUCCUGGAAAGCCCACUGUCAUUGAUAUACCAGGACAUAGGCUAUACACGUUCGUGGAUACAGAAUCCGACGUAUUAUUACAGUAAAAAGAAUGCUGAAGUGGAGGAUAAAUUAAGGAGGUUUAAAGUAUUUAAGAAGAAAAAGGGAGAGCCCUUACUGGUGCCCUUGGAGGAAGGCAUUGAAAUGGUGAAAGCAGGAGGCUACGCAUACCACACAGAAGUAUACAACGCUAACAUGUUAAUAUCUCGCAAGUUCAACCAAGAAGAGCUGUGUGAACUUGGUUCUCUACAAUCAAUGGAAGAAACACACCUUUAUAUUGUCGUACCAAAGAACAGCCCUUAUAAAGAGUUCUUUAACUGGAAGUAA